AGAUAUCUAUUGUUGAGAAACCAAGCUGGAAUAUAAGGGACGUUCCAUCAGUUGAAGGAGAGAAUAAUGGCUGACAAGACGGAAAGCCAACCCUGUGUUCCCACUGAGUACAAACUCCUGAGGGUCCUGGGGGAGGGAAGCUUUUCAAAGGUGGUCAAAUGUCGCAAAAGAGUCAAUGGAGAUAUCGUUGCGCUGAAGUUGCUAUGGAAUCCUGGUGGCUUCAAUGAGCUGCAAAUAUGUGAACGGAUGAAGAAAUUCGACGUGCACAAGAAAAACAUAGUCAAGUUCAUCGACUCCUUUCGAAGGGACUCCACCUGGGUGCUGGUUUUUGAGGCUCUGGACAUCAGUUUGGACGCUUAUAUCAUGAAGACACACAAUCUGCCGAUGUCUCACACUGACAUCAGAACCAUCGUCCAGCAGAUGGCUGUAGCGCUUGAUCAGCUGGCCAAGAUGGGCAUCAUCCACACCGACGUCAAAACGGACAACAUAGUCCUGGUGAACCAGCAGCGGCCGUUUAGAGUCAAGCUGAUCGACUUUGGUUUGUCAAUAGUCAGUGCCAAAGCCAAAGCUGGCACCAGCAUGCAAGCACUGGCUUAUCGGGCUCCAGAAAUAAUUCUAGGUCUUCCAUUCGGAGAGCCCAUCGACAUGUGGUCACUUGGAAUUGUCAUGACGGUGCUGAUCAACGGCACACUCAUCAUGGAACCAAGAACAGAACUGUCCGCAAUCCAUCAAAUCCUUGAACUUCUGCGUCAGCCACACGAACACCUUCUUCAGAAAGGGAUAAAAUCGAAAAAAUACUUUAUUAAAAGCACAAAAGGCUGGAGGUUAAAGUCCCAUAAAGUCGACAUGUCCUGCUUUCAGUCACUGGAUGAACUGAAGGAGAAAUCCACCCAGUUUAAGGAGGAGGAAAGCAGGGAGAAUUGCUUUGAUCUUUUGAAGGCCAUGCUGCAAGUCGAUCCAGAUAAAAGGAUUACACCCAAAAAAGUCCUGGCUCACCCCUUCAUCUCGAGUCGUCCUUUCUGCUCUGGUGAAAGGGAAGCGAUCAUUUCUGACUCUGGCUCCUCCUAGACUCAACUAGGUAUUAAUGUGACACAUUAUAAACACCCCCCUCUGUUGUCACAAUUUUCUGACUUUGAAUAAAAUGUUUUGUCAUCUGACACAUUUUUGUUUAUUUUUAAAUCCAUUAUUAAGGUAGGGCGGUUACAAUCGGAGAAGGCCUGGUUUAUUUAUUUAUUACUUUCCACUAAUCUCUGCCCGGGAUCAUAGGAGGCUGGAACCUGCCCCAGCUACAUAGGGUGGGAGGCGAUGGACUCCUGGACAAGGAGUAAUAUAGUAGUAUUGUGUAGUCAUAGCAACGCAAUACAGAAAGAUCCCUGCUAUUCACAAGUCAACGUUUGUGUAUUCACACGUUCUUUGAAGAACAUAACCAUAAAACAUUCAUAGAAAAUCCAUAGAUUUGUGGCCGUAAGCGUGACGGUUAUCAGACGUACUCAUGUAUUAUUUUCGACCGCCUCAGCAAUCAACAGUGGAGUAGACUUGUUUAUUUUUAUUUUAUAUUAAUUCAGUGAGUUCCUAUAGUGUUGGGAGUGUGACAUCAAAACAAACAGUUCUUUUUAGCCUUUUUGGGGAGGGUUACAUGUAUUCGCCAUUUCAGGCUAUUCAUUGUCGUCUUGAUGCACCACUGAAGCUUCGUGAAACAAUGUCCUCAUUUUCACUCCACAGAAGAUGGCGCUCUCAUUUUAGAAUUGUUAUUCAAAUCCAAAUAUUUUUGAGCACGGAGGGCCAUCUAGUGGGCUCUGAAAAUGAAGACACUGUUUCAUGAAGCCUCAUCUGGACUUCGCUACUCAUCACCUCCAAGAUGGCCUCACCAAACGUAAACAGGAAGUAGUUCUCUCCUACAUUGUGCAAUACAGGCUGACCAUGACGACAUCAUAUAUCGGCGUUUUCAGACUUGAAAACAAUAAUUUUUAGUCACUCAAAUGCCAUGGCCACCAUUACAGAACACAGAAAGAUGACCUCUUUCUGUCUUGCAAGAGCACAUUCACCCAGUCUGUGAUCACCAUGAGGGCGAUAAACAUUUCUGGUGCUGCCUUGUUAUCAUGUCAGGUAUUUUUUUUUACGCAAAUAUGUAAACGUUAACCAUUAAUAUGACUUUAAAUACAUUAGAAAACCAUGACAUAACAGUGUUUUCUUGCCAACUCCAAGUCAUAGGACAAUCAAGGACUAAAAAGCACUGCCAAAAUUGAGUUGCACCAAAGUGUUAGCAUUAUGAGAGUGUUGUUAGAAGGUUAAAUUUAGUUGCUCCCAAAGGUCAGAAAAGGAAAAGGUGUCAGGGUGAGAUGACAAGUGAGCACAACAUUAACUUUUCCGGAGAAAAAUCUUGGGAUCCAUUCGCUCAUAUUUAAAAUGGCAGUAACCUUGGGGCGGCCCGAGAGAGCCGUGACACUAAGACAAAAUAAUAAAAGGAAUAAAUGUAAGAGUCAGUCCAGGUUUCUUAUGAGACAGAUGUCCAAAUAUGGAAAUACAGUUAAAAAAUGGUUACCCGCGAGUGUUUUCAUAUCUUCCACAGCCUCUCAUCACGGGCCCGAUCUGAUUUCUUUGGCUCUGAAUAAACAGACCUCAACUCUGGCGAGAAGCCACGAUCGAUUGUGUCUCCUUUGUCAAAACCUCUGUGCUUAACUGGUCUGCAGUCUGUGACAGCAUCGACUCCACCUCGCCGCUCAGCCGCUCGGAAUCUGAAAGGACAUCUGAGCGGGAGAUAACCGACGAUGAGACUGACGGACUAACUGAAACAGCAGAGGAAGCAGAGUUAAAUAUGAUGGUGAAAGCACAUGAAUGAAUUAUUUAUUUAAUUAUAUAUGCACUGAUGAAGCGCAUGACUACUGUCCUCAUAUUCAGAGCUCAGUAGGUGGCGCUUUUGGUUUAAAAAUGUUGCAAAGUUUCAUGGAAAUACUAAUACAAAUAUAUACAGAUUUUAGAGUAGAGAG